AAUCCACUAAAGAACAUGACCGGGAAUUACCUUUACGUAAAACCUCUAUAUCUCAAGUAAAGCCAUUAUUCGUCAAUGUUUAUGAAUUGGAAUCGAUUGAUAACACCAAUAAUAUUACAACACGAUCGGUCUCUUCUAUGGAUAAACAAAACACAGCAUCUAUGGUAUACACUGCACCACGAUUGGUCUCUUCUACAGAUGAACAAAACAUGGCAUCUAUGGCACACAUUGCACCACGAUCGAUCUCUUCUACGGAUGAACAAAACAUAGCAUCUACAACAUCUAUCGAUUGCAUCGAUUUAAUAAUUUAG